AUGACGGGCUUCUGCUGUUGUGGGGUACCUCGCCCUCCCAGAACAGUGACGCCGUCGACACCGAGCCCCAGGAAUCAAACUCCGAAACCCUCGCGUGCACUUCCGGCACUUCCUCCUCCUGCUCGCUUACCUGUUGCAGGGCCACUUACAUCCAACCCAGUCAUCGCCAUUCCGCUGGCCGUUGACGCCUAUCCAGACUCUUCCAGCAAGUCUGGUACAUCGCUACAACUGGCAACAUCUUCUGUUAUCGUUCCGAUUGGGCCAGCCGACUUGAGCGAUCUCGUGGUUGAAGACUCGGAGGACGACCUACCAGGCAGAUCGACCGAGCCAAGCAAGAGUACCAGCACUCUCCAGCUCGUCAGAGAGAAUAUUCGUCGUCACUUGUCCCAAGACUCUUUGCCAAAGAAAAAGUCUCGCUCAGCCGUUGGCUGCAGCGAGGAGGAAAUCCAAAGACGGGCUGAGCUCAAGAGACUGAUGCACAAAAGGAUACAAGAGGAACUCCGCAUUGAGCAAUCCCACGAGCGGUCUCGGAGUGAGGUCUCCUCCGUGUUGCCACCGCCCAGAUCUUCUUCGCUUGACUACCUUCCAGGUGGAGGGCCCCGUGAUGCACUAGAGUUCUCGGUAGCCCAAAAAGAGGAGGGAGAGGCACAUUCCGAUACGACCUCCUCAUCCAUUGCAAAGUCCAGUGCCGAUGUCUCGGCAUUAGGAAAGGCGGCUCCCCUUUCAGACAAGGAAAACAGCUGCCCCCGAGCAAACAGUCUCAAAUAUCCAACAAUUGCAUUUAUCCAGAAGCCAAUUCGAGAACGCAGUUCACUCCCAGAAAUGCCAGCCUCUCCGGUCUUGGCUCCGCAGCGCUAUUCCAAUACUAUUGACACUUCCUCCUUGGGCUCUUGGAGGCUUUCUUACAGCGCUACUCAACUCGAAGACUUUCUGGGCUUCAUCGACCAAGAUGGUUCCUCCCAAGAUGCCGAGUCCUUCCUCAAAGCAGCAGCUUCGAAGGUUGUUACCUCACGUUCAGUACCGCUACUACGUCGGUCCAAGUCAGAGACUCGUCCACGCUCUUCCUCAGCCCGCACCCCUGGGAAUGCAACUCCAUGCGUGUUGGAUCAGUCACCAAUGGGUAUUUGGCUCAGAAGCCAGGGUCUUGGGUCAUGUUCGCCGUCACUUUCCUUGGGUAGGACUUCGGAUAGAGACGGUGAUCCUGAAAUAAGCGUGGAACAGGCUAAAGUGGUCAUGCUCAAGAGAUGCAGCUCAAUUCCCAAUCAUCCUAGUGGUGACAUUGGUCUUCAGCGUCCUGAGAUUGUCCAUCUUCAUGACAUGGAUAUCCAUCGGCAGCUUGCUACACAGACUCUGAACACCCCUGAGGAAUCCCCUGCAAAUACAGAGUCGGAACAAAACACAGUUCGUAGACAGCCCAACGGUCAGGCUGGCCUCAUUACCAACCCAUCAUCGGCAUAUCCCUCAGCUGGACAUAGCGCCGAUCCUAGCGCAGGAACUUCUUCUUCGCAUCUACCGUCAGGUGUCAUGGGUCCUCAUAACUUGCUUUCAGCGACACCACUGCGAUGGCUUCUUUCGUCCAAUCCUUUUGGUGAAAGCCAUUCGAACAUGGCCACGGGAGGGAGCUCGCUCGAUAGUCCUACUGAUGGAGGCACCGCCACUCAGACCGAGCUAAUCUCAUCGGGCGUGGCAUCAAAUACCAUCAACAAACGUCAGUCGGUACCAAAGCUAAAUAUAAUGGAGAGGAGCUUUGCUCGAUUUCAUCUAGGGCAUGGGGCACCGUCCAAUAUCGCCAAAAGGUUCGAUAAACCGACCGAUUCCAUGAAACUACGCGCCGAACCGUCGAAGCGCUCACUGCUGGCGAGAUUACAUUUGAGCUUACCUCGACGAGUCAAACUGCCCCCGGCUUCCUUUGACGGUCAGGUAGACGACGAGCAGAAUACUCCAUUGUCCUCUACAUCACGCCCGGUUGAUUCGCAAAGACACAAGAAAUCUGCACUCAGUGAUGUUGGUCCGCAAACGCUCCAUCAAAGCAGCGAGUUUCCAUUCUCCGACUGUGAUGAUAGCACAGUAGAGCUUUGGCAAUCUGCUGUGCGAGAGGAGAUCUGGAGACGCCAUACAGGUAUCAAAAAGAAAUGCAGCAACGGCCGUUUCUCUUCCUUGACAUAUGACGUCCCACCCAAAACUUAUUACCCCUAUCCGUACCCAGGAGCGCGCCCUGGUGGCCAAGAUCAACGCAGCAGUCCCGUGUCCAUUUCCACUGGACUUUCUGCCAAGACACUUGAAAGCAAUCCAGAGCCGAGCGAUAAUGUUUCGAACGUCGCAGGUGUGCGCAGAUCGUCACUCGAGAGCCCAGGACCCGAGAUACAGAGGCCUCGAAAGUUUCCAGAGGCAUGGACAAGGUUUCCUUCGUACAACCGUGCAGAACGAAAUGAGGACCACGAGAAUACGGACCAAGCUCGGCCCGAGCAAACAGCUUCCCAUAGAUCGCCAAACCAAGAGAUUACACAGACCGCGAUCUCUGGGGAUAAUUCCAACCGCCGCCGUAACGGGGUCAUGGGUCACAGACAGAAGAACUCAAUGUCAAGCAAAUUCGGAAAGGCUCUUAAAUCCGGCCUCAACAAGCUUGUUCAUUCCCGUAGAUCAUCAGACGUUUCGUGCGGGGAAUCGCAUCUUGACCAGGCAAGAGCCACACUGGAAUACCCAGAGCUUGCACUCCAUCCCACCGAGGCUGGUUAUCGAGAACUCGAAGCAUUGGGCCGAGAAAUCAGGCGCCUGAAGCGGUUGGCGUCGAACGAGGUGGAAGACGGACCCAGACCUUGGGUGGUUAACCCUGUUGGUUCAGAUGAUGAACUAAAUGAGUCCAAUGCCGGCAGUCAUCGGAAUUUGACUAUGCCAGGGACUUUCCCCGGAAGUCGUGGAGGGGAUUCAUCAGCUACCACUGACAAGUUUGCGACGCCACUCAGCUCUCCCUCCCUCAACGAUGCUUCUUUUCACUCCUUUCCGCGGUCGUACUCACCAGAGUCCAGUCGUCAGUCGUCUAUCCCCAUUUUGAACAAAGCGGUUGUGCCAGAAAUCAAAAUUACCGACCUGAGUUCGGUCAAGAGUGAUACAACAUUGGUGCUGCGAACGCAUCAGGUCAGAUUUUCGGAUGAAAAUGGCCAGUGUCAGAGUGAUUCAGCCACUUCUGGCUCCUCAAAGUACAAUACCUGGAGUUGUCCGAAAGCUUCGCAGACUAACGAUGAUGCAAACGAGUCAGACAAUAGUGAUCAAAUUUUUCCCAAAAACAACAAGCGUAGAUCUCAUCUGGAGAACUCGCUUUCAAUCCAGGAGAUAGCCACCGGCAAUGUGUAG